GGCAACACUAGUAUGGCGUUUAUUUUCCUCCUGUUGCGACGUAUUGUUGUGACUCCCCACGUGAAAAUUUCGCUUUUCAAGCAUCCCUGGCCCCCAGUCUGUGCAUCCGGAGUGCACAGUGAACCCCCAGGAUGUCCGUGAACACGCCCAAAAGAUUGAAAAGAGAGGGAGAGAGUGCUGAAAGUGGUUCAAGUGAGGGUAAUGCCCUAUGGUCAGACGCAACAAGCCCAGCCAGCUCUUGCGGCUCCCCCGAACUGGCACCACAACUCAGCACUCCAGCCAGUGCCCAUCGAGUUCCCCUUGGUGCCACAACGACACCCGGAGAUCGUGGUUCGGGUGAAAAGUGCGAAAAUCGUCGUGGACGCCCCCGAUCUGAGUCCCUGACGACGCUGAUGCUUGAAGGAAAUCGCAGUCCAUCCUCCAUCAAGUGCAAGUACUGCAAUCGUGUAUUUCCACGCGAGAAAUCCCUAUCUGCACAUCUCCGGACACAUACAGGCGAACGACCCUACAUCUGUGACUACCCCGGUUGCAAUCGGGGCUUCACGCAGAGUGGACAAUUGAAGACGCACCAGCGUCUGCAUACAGGUGAGCGUCCGUUUAUCUGUUCAGUGCCUAACUGUGGGAUGCGCUUCACGCAUGCCAAUCGUCACUGCCCUAUGCACGUGCACAGCCAACUGAGGCGAGAUGACAAUUACGUGGUAAUGGCCAAUCCCGAACAAAAUGCCGAAGUGCAGAAGUGGCUGGAGAAGUACAAGAGUGAACGCGAGGAGAGAACUCCAACGAGGAAGACUCCUCAGCGAAAGACACCCAAGGAGGACAAUAAUGAGAAUGUGGCCACAAUGCCAGAGCCAGAGUACCCAGUGACUCCAAAUACCGGUCAGUACAAGAGUCGAAAGGGCCUAAUGGUGGAAUUGGAUAUGAAUGCCGGACUGGGUUUUAGUCCGGUGGCGCCAAAGAGUAAACCGCAGCCAAAGGUGAUCAAUUGGCAUGAACCACUGAGUCAGGGUGAGGAGAGUGCCGAUGAACUUGAGGUCUCUCCAUUCUAUCCCAAGAAAAAGUGGCUUCGUGAUGCCUGCCUAGAUGAUCUGGCCAAACCUCUGGCUGAAGCUCAACCGCAACCAGCCACCGAACCCACCACCGUCACACCACCCAAUCCCAAUCAAAUGCGCCCGACUGUUCUCAUGAUGGCCAGCAGCAAGGGUAUCGUACCUACAGCCCCGUCAGCACCCGAAGACUUCCUCCCAGAGCCAAAUCGCAAAUGGCUCGGAGCUCUUGCCCUCAUGCAACUUGCCACCGAUGAAAAUAAUUGCACGACUGAUGAACUCCCGCCUGCACUUCCCUCCUACACUGACUUGUAAGAGUGCCCAUUUUCCCUGGAGAGUGACUUCUAAGGAGUCCCUGCUUCUCAGCAGCCCCCACGAAGGAAUUGUGAUGAUUUGUUAAUUUUUAAGGAUGUCCCUCGAGAAUACCGUGAAUUAAACAAUGAAAAACCCAAUCGAAUAAUCACUAAAAAGUUACUUUGUGAUUUUAAAAAUAACUUAAAGAUUUUUUUUUCUAAACAUUAAGAGCUUAGUUAUGUAAGAGACCUGGAGAGAUGUAAAACUAUUUAUUGUGAAGUUUUCUUUCAUUAAAAAAAAAACAUUUUUUGUGUUUGUCUCAUUCUCGAAAUUGAAGUUUAUAUUAUGAAAUUAUAAAGAGAUAAGUUUUUUUUGUUGCAAAAGAUGCUACGUACUGUUGAAAGGAAGUACGCGAAAAAUCUCACAAAAAGAAAGAAAAAAAAAGAAAAAUUCUUCAUGAGAACUAAUAUUGUAAGAUUUUUUUUUUAUACAUUCGUUUCUACUUUUAGGUCUUUUAGGCGAUCACUUUGAAUACUUAUAUAUAUUUACCUAACUUUCUUUUAGAUCUUAUCUUUUUUCAUGCGAAAAUCUAUUUUUGUUCUGCGCAACCGAAACGAAAAAUAAAUGUAUUUUAUUGAGGAAA